CGAAUCGACGAUUAACAAUUUCCUGAAGGGAGGUGCUGCUUAUCACUCCCCAAAAUCUCCUCUGCGCACCGGAGGACGGGACAGUCUCUGGAGCUACACGCACACAAUGGACUAAAACUCCCUGAGAGAGAUCAACAUCAUCAGCUGUGAAACCCUCCGCUACUAACCAGUGACUUUCACUUCUUUUUUUUUUUUUUUUUUUACUCCCUGGACGUGCAGUUCUCAACAGACCAGGUAUGAUUCAAAGGAAGGAGGUUGUGCUGUCUGUACUGGGGGAGCUCCAGGAAGCCACAGAGAACUCUGGCCUGGAUGCUCUGACCAAAGUGGCCUUGGAGGUGGAACAGGUCCUCGCUCCCUUCAAGCUCCCCAUGACCCCUUGUCAGGAUUUCCCUGAGUGGGCAGGGGUGGAUGACAGAGCCCAUGGCUUGUACCCAGCCGAUGCGCCUGGAGGUCUCCUGCCUCUAAAUUGCAAAGGAGAGGGGAACCUACUGUUUGAUGCUGUCAGCAUGCUGUUGGUGGGCAACACUGACCUUAGCUUGGAACUACAGGUACGGACAGUGUUGGAAAUGGUGCUCUGGAAGAGAUAUUACCUGUCUGGCAUGAUUGAUUCAAAAAUGAUGCUUCAGGCUGUCCGCUUCAGUCUCUGUGCUGAGGAGUCUGAGGACAUGCUGAACUUACCCGGGACGGUCUUGGAGGCCAUCUUUGAUGCAGAUGUCAAAGCAUCCUGCUUCCCUGGCUCCUACGCCAACAUGUGGCAUGUAUAUGCCUUGUCAUCUGUCCUGCAGUUUAACAUCUACUCAAUCUACCCCAUGUUCAACCUGAAGAUUCGACCCUAUUUCAACCGUGUCAUAUGUCCAAGGGUCUGGUCUAAUGUCUCUAACCGACAAACCCUCCAUGUCAUGUGGUCUGGUGAGCUGCAGUCUGAGUCACUCUUUAGACCAAAUCAUUUUGUGGCACUAGUCCAGACAAGUGACCUCACAUUUGGAAGCCCAGAUAGCGAACGGAGGGAGUCGCCAAUCAAGAGUGAGGACCUGAACCAGGACCCGCAGCUUUCCUACCCAAGUCUGAAAGACAAGUACAACAUCACCAAGAGGACCUUUUACCGCUGGAAGAGGCAGACACAGGAGCACUGCAAAAAAUCAGCAGCCAGGUAUGAGGCAAAGUAUUUCCUGCAGGCAUGCUACUUGGAAGGCAAGCUCAUCCCUCUGCACCAGUUUAAAGAGUUUUUCCCUGAAAUCUCAAGGUCGUCGUACUACAACUGGAAGCAUGAGCUCUUGAAAACUGGAGGAAAUUUUUCCACCUCAUCAUCAACUGGAGAGAUUAGUCCUGGAGAGAGCACAGAACAGGAGGCCUGGUCUUCACCUGAAGCAAAGCAGGAUGAGCUGGACCACCAUGACAGCGUGGCCAGUAUGUUUGGUCUCAGCCUUGGCAAAUUGGAUCUGGAGCGGGCCCAGAAUGUAGCUCACAUGCAGGAAGCUAAGCGCUGUCUACAAAAUUGCAUCGCCAUGAACGCCUCCCUCCCCUUCCGGAUCUUCAAAAGAAAUUUCCCAGGGAUCUCCAGAUCCACUUACUACAACUGGAGGAGAGAAGCCAUGCUGUUCAAUGGAGGUUACAAAGGCAGCGCUGGCAGCAGUGAGGACAGCUCAGAUGCUGACAAGAGCCAAAGUCCAAAAAGUCUGUCACCAAUACUGGCUAACGCCAAACGGCUUGUAUUGCCCAGAACAAGGAUCUGCAGGCGAAAGCACAGAAGUUUCAGGCUGGCAUACAUGAGUAAAAAACAGCUCAGAGAUGCUGCCAAACUGCACGUCCAGAAGUCCAAAUGGUCCCUGACAAAGUUCAAGCUCAAGUUCCCAUCCAUGUCACCUUGUUUCUACUGGCUGUGGCGUAGCAGUCAGAACCGCAAGAAGAAGAUGGUCACACAGAGUUCAGAGAUCCACCCUCCUGUUCCUGAGAGUCUUGAGAACACUUCCACAGAAACCAAAGUUAUGGAGAGGAGGAUGGAUAGUCAGCAUGUGCUCCCAUUUGCUGAGAGUCCUAAAUAUCUAGAAAGUUCCUCCAUGCCCCCCUUUGAUGCCCCACAUAUAAAGCACACCCUUCACGGCAAGGCACCCAUAGAUGAGCAGAUGUUUGCGAUGGAUGUUGUGGCUCUGGCCAACUUCAAGGCCAAGGCUAAGCUAUUCCUGCAGCAACGCUUCGAGGAGAAAUCCUUCCCUACAUUUAAAGAAUUUAGGUCUUACUUCCCCUUCACUCCACGCUCCACGUACUACAUGUGGAAGCGAGCUUUGCACCAUGGGGUGUCACUGGUUCAUGGGUAAAUAUACAAAGCUUUUAUGCCAUUUAAAAAAAAACGGCUUUCAGGAGCUAAAGAAAAAUGUUGAUGAACUUUUUGGCCCCCCAAAAAAUCACAUUUACCUCUCUGCCUUUGCUUUUUUUUGUAAACAUACUACCUACACCUUGUUGACGUCAUGUUCUGAAGGACUGUUAAGUACACCACUGGCUUAGCAUUAAAAUGCAUUGUGUCCUUCCUUUGCCCCACCACCACAGCUCAUUCCUCCGUCCUGGACAUUUGCACGUGUGUGAAAAGAAACUCAGUCAUUGGUCCAUUUAAACCCUGCAUGUUGCCCUCCAGGCAACAGGCAGUUCAAAGCUGUUAUUUACUGGCAUUUUGUUUGAAGCUUUUUCUCUCCUAUUCCCUGUUAAUCCUUGCUAAGCAGUGUACUUGGGGUCAUUUUUUAUUUUUUCACCCUUUCAUUGUAGUAAGAUUGUUAAUGCUUAAUUGUAUGUUUUUUUGUUGAUGCUUGCAAUAUUGAUUUGGGAUUUUUUUUUCUUUGAAUGUAAAGAGAAACCAUUAUUUGUGUUCAAAAGGAUUUACUCAUUGUACAAAAAUCCUCUAAGUUUUCCAGUCCCUUUUUUUUCAUAGUUUCCCUCUUGAUUAUUGAAUGUAAACACCUCAGGGAUUCACUUUGUGCACCCAAGUUUUUCUGUGGUUGUCUAAAGUUUUUGACAUUUUAAUGGCAAACUUUUAAAAUGCCUUUGAGAACAUUACAGUAUAUAAACUGUACGUUUUGUCACACUUUAUUUGCACUAAAAUAGUUCCCAUCACAGUGUUGAAUGUAUAUUCUUAACCAUUAUGUACCCGUUGGUUAAGUUAGGAUUUGCCAGCAUUUUUCUUUUGUUUACCUGGUUUCUUUACUUGAAAACUGAAUAUAAAUGAAGAUAUUUUAUUUUUUUGUACAAUCCUUCAUUCCAAAACUACCUAUUUUUGUUAUAUUGGGGUGUGUUUGCCUUUAUAAGCUACCUUCGUCUGAUGUUUUUUUUUUUUUAGUAAAUGAUGUCCCAAUUCUUCUCCACACCGGUAUUUUGCAGAACUGUCACUAUUACAGCCCUGAAGGAUAGAUUUCAGUUUACAUUUUGUACUUAGUGUAUUUAUUUUUCUUAUACAUUACAUGCCUGACAUUGGUACUGUUGAUACUCACAGCCUGCAUGAUAUAGUCAUUUAGUAGGGACGGAAAUCUGUGCUGUUAGGCUGUGUAUCAAUAAACUAUCGACCAGCAUCAA